AUGCAGGAAAAGGCAAAGACCCACUCCAGAAAGCCAGCGCACCAAAACACCUUCGCAUUUAGGCACAACCCAAACUCAGCCCUAACGAAGGAAAUAGCUGCUAUUCCGAUCACAGGCCUGUGCAGAAGGUGCACGGAAAAAAUUAACUGGAGAAAGCAGUACCGAAAGUACAAAAUACAGACGCAUAUUUCCCGGUGCACGAUCUGCCUGCAGAAAAGCAUAAAACUAGCGUAUAAUAUCGUGUGCGAGCCCUGCGGGGAAAGCAAAAAGGUGUGCCGUAUGUGCAGGGUAGGGCUCUGCUUUGAAACGUGUGCUCCUCUUGCAGAAGUCCUCAGCCAGAAGGCAGAGGAGCAGGCCUAG